GAGUGUUGGAAAAUACUCGAAUGCUUCAAAAUUAUCGAUAACUCUUGAAGACACCGGGCUGCCAUCCCUGGUCAAUGUUUUUUACACGAGUAGGCUUCUAUUUGGACUAAGACUGAUACACAAAAUGUCAGAGGAAGCACUUGCAGGCGUGCCACUGGUGCACAUCAGUCCCGAGGGCAUCUUUAAGUACAUUAUGAUCAAUGUCAUCGACGGAGGAGAUGCUUCCAAGGCGGUGAUUCGCGGCUUUUCGGAUUGCGAAUGGCAUGCCGACAUCUUCGAUCGCGAGGAGAAGGUCUUCAAGAAACUGGGACUGCGUGCCGAAUGUCCUGGUGGCGGCCGCAUCGAGCACAAUCCCGACAAGAAGUACAUCAAGGUCUACGGGUACUCCCAGGGCUUUGGAAAAGCUGAUCACGCCCAGACGAAACGCAUCCUGUCCACCAAAUACCCCGAUUAUACAAUCGAAACCUCAGAUGAAGGAUAUUAGCUGCAAUUAAAGCAUGAAAACGGAGUCUUACUACCCGAAAAUCAUCCUACGAUCCCAUGAGCCAUGACUUUUAUAGAAAUGUCAUUUGAAAUUUUCGAAUUUACUUUGUAACACAGUUGGUCAGGAGCUGUGCUCAUUACUAAACCUUUCGGAUCUAAAUUAUUGUUGUGUAGAAAUUCCACUUGUAUUCCCUUUGAAAAAUAAAAUGAAAUUAAUCAAGUC